GCUAAUCUUCGUGCUGCUCAUACUUCAGGAAAAUCAGCAUUUGGUCUUGAUAUGGAAAAAGGUAUAGCUGCUGAUAUGGUCGAAUUAGGUAUACUUGAAUCAUUUCAUCUUAAACGGCAAGUUGUUAUUAGGGCAGCUAAAGCAGCUGAAAUGGUAUUAUGUCUUGAGGAGCAAGAACAUUUGAGUGAAGAGAGAAAAUUUCUAGGAUCAUCUUUUCAGUAUUGGGCCGAUCAAUCUGAGGUUCGAGAUCAUUUGAUAUCAUUAAUGAUUGAAGAACUUGAAGAUAUUUCAGCCCAUAAAAUUGUACAAUGUAUCACGUUACUCAAUAAUAUGAUAGGAAUUUAUUAG